CCUAGCUGUCGAUCUCUACCCAUAUCCAUGUGGCCCAAGACAGAUUAGAUGCACACAGAGUUUUCCUAUGGAUCUCCAGAGGCUAGAUCUACCACCACUCACAGCUGAGCUGGAGUCGUUCCUCAGUAACCCUCACAAUCUUCCCUUGCAUGAACCCAGACGACUGCAGAGGCUAUGGAUGAGGGAAGUGAGUCCAAACUCUCUGUUCACUACCUCACUGUCAGAUGUGCACAGCACGAUUGUUGUUGAGCGUGAUCCAGCCACUGGGAAACUGCUGGAAUUCAACGAGGUGGAUGUUAGUGGAGUGGGUCUAACUGCCAAGAACUCCACUUCUCUAUUGAGAGCCCCUGGUCCUCCCUCACUUACAGUCAAGGGAGACCCAACCAACUACCCUUUCUGGCCAGGUGGAAUGGAUCACCUCGAGAUAGUCCAGAAUCUUGAAAGUGAUGCGUCAGAUGCUGGUCUGGACUUCAGCUCUAACUUGUUGAAGGUGCCUCCUGGUUUCUCCGAGGGACUAGCAACUGAAAAUAGUGACAAGCCAAUGAGCCAAGAGCCUGUGGCUGUGACUGACCUACUGUUUGGUGAUGACCUCGCUGUGCUAAAUUGGACUGAGCAGGAAAGGCAACAAGACACAGUCGAGCUGCAGCCCAGUGAUGGAGUGGAAUCACCUUCUCCAACAGUGCCAGCAGACGAGCAAAUUGAUGUGCUGUUGACUGCUGAUACAAAGGAUGUGCCUAGGCAUAGUGAGGGGAAGUCCCUCUCCCAGUGGGCGGUGAAGGUAGAUGUGAAUGCUCUGGUGGAGGACUUUGACAGGAGAGUACCCAAUAUGGCUCACACAUGGGGCUUCUCUUUGGACAACUUCCAGAAGCAGGCCAUUAUCCACCUAGAGAGCCAUGACAACGUGUUUAUUGCUGCCCACACAUCAGCUGGCAAAACUGUCGUGGCAGAGUACGCUAUAGCUCUGUCCAAGAAUCAUAUGACCAGGGCCAUCUAUACCUCUCCGAUUAAAGCUCUCUCCAAUCAGAAGUUCCGUGACUUUCGCCUGACAUUUGGUUGUGAAGGUGUUGGCCUGUUGACUGGGGAUGUUCAGAUCAACACUACUGCCUCCUGUCUCAUCAUGACUACUGAGAUACUCAGGUCAAUGCUGUACAAUGGUUCCGAUGUAAUUCGUGACGUGGAAUGGGUUAUUUUUGAUGAAGUACAUUAUGUGAAUGAUUCUGAGCGAGGGGUGGUGUGGGAGGAAGUGCUGAUCAUGCUGCCAGACCAUGUCAGUAUCAUCAUGUUGUCCGCUACUGUACCCAAUGCUAUGGAAUUUGCUGACUGGGUUGGACGAACAAAGCGUAAGAAUGUAUAUGUGAUCAGUACUUUGAAGAGACCAGUUCCUCUCAAGCACUACCUGUACACUGGGAAUAGCAAACAGACCAGUGACCAGCUGUUUGAGAUAGUAGGAGAGAACAAAAAGUUCAACAAAAUUGGAUACCAGUUGGCAUUGGAUGCCAAGAAGCAACGAACGAGUAAAGCUGCAGCAAACAGUGGACCAAAAUUCAAGCAAUCUUCCUUUGCCAAGCAGGAUAAAAAUGUGUGGCUAUCGCUGAUCCACAUGCUGGGGAAAAAGUCGCUUUUACCUGUGGUAGCAUUUACCUUCUCCCGCAACCGAUGCAAUGACAAUGCUGAUUCCCUCUCCUCCCUGGACCUCACCACCACCAAUGAAAAAAGUGGAAUACAUGUCUUCUUUCAGAAGUCCAUCUCAAUUUUGAAAGGCUGUGAUAGGAAGCUACCUCAGGUAAUUUGGACUAGGGAGCUUCUCAAGCGUGGUAUAGCUGUUCAUCAUAGUGGUAUACUUCCAAUCAUCAAAGAGGUUAUCGAGUUGCUUUUCCAACGAGGACUAGUCAAACUACUGUUUGCCACUGAAACAUUUGCAAUGGGAGUGAACAUGCCGGCUAGGACAGUGGUGUUCGACUCAACCAGGAAGCAUGACGGUGUCAGGAUGAGAGACCUGCACACUGGUGAGUAUAUUCAGAUGGCUGGCAGGGCUGGAAGGAGAGGACUGGAUCCAACAGGUACUGUCAUACUCAUGUGCAAGGCUGAUGUUCCCGAGGCUAGCGACUUAAGCAGGAUGAUCUUGGGCCAGCCCACGACUUUGGAGUCCCAGUUCAGACUGACCUACAGUAUGCUGCUUAACCUCAUGAGGGUAGAAACGUUAAGAGUUGAGGACAUGAUGAAGCGGAGCUUCGCAGAGACUGACUCCGCAAAGCACGAGGUAGACAGGAAGCAAGCACUGACUGACCUUCAAGGGGAGAUAUCUGAUAUUCAAGGCAGAGAGUCUUGUCCAGUGUGUGAUGUGGACAUUGCUCAGUACUACAGUUCUUGCGCUAGUAUAUCCACUCUGGACUCUCAAAUGAAGGUUAUCCUGCUCUCCAGUCCUAACACCUGGAAAGCCCUGAGUGUGGGCAGAGUGGUGAUGCUCUGCAGUCCUGUCUAUGGCCACUGUUUAGCUGUAGUGCUGCAACAAAAUGUAUCGACCAAAUCAGUGAAGACACUAUCAUUACUGGUGUUGUGUGAGCCUGGAAUUGAUGAUGAAGUAGCUACAGCCUCACUGUUCCCAGCUGAUUCUGUUGCGUCAGUACAACCAUACACAUCAUGUAAGGAACUGUUCUCCCCAAGUGGUGUGUUGUCUCACACUGUGGUGGAGGUACCUGCCUCCAUGUUGGUGAGUAUCACAACGUCUGUACUGAAAGUAGAGGGAAGGAUCAUCUUUGAGGAGUUCAAGAGAAGACUGAUGCCAAGAUUCAGGGAAUAUCCUUUUCAACCUGCCACCAUAAAAGCAAGACAGGAGCUAUUGCAGCUAGUUGUUGACAAUUCAGAUGACUUACCACUUUGCCUUGAUGCUAUGAGAGACCUUAAGAUCAAUAAUAUGGAGUACGUGGAAUUGAGAGAGAAGAGGGUGUUACUUGAGUCAACAAUGACUUUAUAUGACUGUGUCCGUUGCCCUUCAUUUAAGAGACAUUUUGCACACAUGAAAAAGAAGGCAACUUUGGAGGAGAAAUUGUUGAACCUCAAGUUCAAGCUCUCUGAAUCAAGUCUCCAGUUGCUCCCAGAUUACCAGCAACGUCUCAAGGUAUUGAGGAGACGGGGUUAUAUUGGUGAUGAUGACACAGUGCAGCUUAAGGGUAGAGUGACAUGCGAGCUCCACUCUCGUGAAAUUCUGCUCACUGAGCUCAUCUUCCAAAAUGUGUUUGUGGACUACUCACCAGCUGAGAUAGCUGCUCUCCUGUCAGCUGUGGUAUUUCAGCAGGCAAAAUGCAGCGAACCAAAUCUUACAGAUCGUCUGCAAAAAGGAAAGGAGACAAUUCUGAGGGUUGCUAGGGAGUUGGCAGAGACAGAAAGAGACUGUGGCAUUGACACAUCUUUAGAUGACUAUGAGAGAUCACUCAAGUUUGGAUUGGUGGAAGUUGUCUAUGAGUGGGCCAAUGGAAAGGAAUUCCUCCAUAUCACACAGCUCACAGAUGUUCUUGAAGGCAUGAUAGUACGUUGUAUUCAACGUCUUGAUGAAACAUGCAAGGAUGUCCGCAAAGCAGCUAGAGUAAUUGGUGACCCUAUGUUACUUCAAAAAAUGCAAGAUGCCUCAAAUCUCAUCAAAAGAGACAUUGUAUUUGCAGCUAGUCUGUACACCAUUUAAGGUAUGAAUUGGUUCUUGUUUUGUUGAAACUUAAAGCUAGAUUUAUUGUUUGAUGUAAUAACUAAAGUACGUAUGUGAUCAUGUCACAUGCAUAAUUCUAUGUGGUUUGCAUUAACGGUUAUUUUUCAACUUCUCAUCCAGAA